AUGGCAAAAGUUCACAGAUAUGUUGUUGAUAUGUCAGUAUGUUCCGCACCCAUUCCGACCGCCUUACUACAUCAAUACGAAGCUCGAUGUUUCACAACUGCAGACAACGGCAACAACACCUUUGGUACUAGCAUCGGUGCCGGUGGUAAUAAGAAGAAUAGUACCAUCAAGAACCUUGGUACAGUAGCUCCCGUGAUGAUAAAGGAGCAGGAUGUACAGUUCUGCAUGCAGUGCGGCGAGGAGUUUUCUCUAAUUUUCAAUAAGAAACAGUCUUGUUACUGCUGCGGCAAGGCUGGACUCAAAAUCAAAAGAGUUUGCAACGUCUGCUACGAAGUACUGCAGGAAAAUUUGACCCUGGUUCAGAAGAUGUUCGGAUGA